UGAUCUACCUUCGCGCGCGCACAGCGCACGUGCGGUGCUCAGGCGUCUGGCGUCCCAGUACCGGGCUCUCCCUCCAGGCGAGCUCCCCGUUCCGGCGUCCCGGCGUUCCGGCGAACCAGUGGCGACUCGGCGGCGUCUCGAAGACGGCGACCGGGCGGUGCUUCAUCGCCGGCGGCCUCGGGCGUUACCGUAGUUCAGUUUAG